GGCGCGCGGCGGGGCGGGCGGUGGGGGCGUUUUUACCAUAUGCACGGGGCUGCGCGCGGGCGGCCGGGCAACGCUGAGGUGUGGGACAAGCGCCGGGGCCGCCGCUAUGGGCAAGAAGCAGAAGAACAAGAGCGAGGACAGUGCAAAAGAUGAUAUUGAUAUUGAUGCCCUUGCUGCUGAGAUAGAAGGUGCAGGUGCUGCAAAGGAGCAAGAGCCUCAGAAAUCCAAAGGCAAAAAGAAAAAAGAGAAGAAGAAACAGGAUUUUGAUGAAGAUGAUAUCCUGAAAGAGCUGGAAGAACUGUCAAUAGAAGCACAAGGAGGGAAAAUUGACAGGGAACCUUCUACAGGAAAGGUUGAAAAUGAUAAUGAAGAUAGCUUAUCAAAACAAGAUAAAAAAAGGAAAGGGAAGAGUAAAAAAGGCAAUCGGGAAAAUGACUAUGACAGUGAGGAAGUGGAAGAUAAAGAUAAAAAAUCUAAAAAAACUCAGAAAGCAAAACAAGAUAUGCUUUCUGGCAGUGAUGAUGAUGAUAAUGAGACACAGCUUAAGAAAAACAAAGGGAAGACUCAGAAGGCAAUGUCUUCAGAUGAGAGUGGUGAUGAAUCAGAUGAGGUCUCCCAAUCUAGAAAAGGACAAAAGAAGAACCUAAAACCAAAGUCCACUCCUGCUGCUGAAAGUGGGGAUGAUGAAGAAGAACCUUCAUUCAAAGUAAAAACAGUGGCUCAGAAGAAGGCAGAAAAGAAAGAACGUGAAAGGAAAAAACGUGAGGAGGAAAAAGCAAAACUGAGGAAGCAAAAAGAGAAGGAAGAAUUAGAAGGUGGUAAAGAAUCUGCAAAGCCAAAAGAAGCUCUCAAAAAAGCUGAAGAGAAGGCUUCUCUUGAAGUCACAGCCACUGCUGUCCCUGGGGAAAAGGGGGAGACUCAUGCAGGAACAGAGGCUGAUGACAAUGAGGGGGACAAAAAGAAGAAAGACAAGAAAAAAAAGAAAGGUGAGAAAGAAGAAAAAGAGAAAGAGAAGAAAAAAGGUCCCAGUAAAGCCACGGUUAAAGCUAUGCAAGAAGCAUUGGCUAAAAUGAAAGAGGAGGAGGAAAGGGCAAAAAGAGAAGAGGAAGAACGUAUAAGACGACUGGAAGAACUGGAAGCAAAGCGCAAAGAGGAGGAACGAUUAGAGCAAGAGAGGAAAGAAAGAAAGAAACAGAAGGAAAAGGAGAGGAAGGAGCGUUUGAAAAAGGAGGGAAAACUUUUAACAAAAGCUCAACGAGAAGCCAGAGCCAGGGCAGAGGCUACUCUUAAACUACUCCAAGCUCAGGGUGUGGAAGUGCCAUCCAAAGACUCUGUGCCAAAGAAGAGGCCAAUAUAUGAAGACAAAAAGAAAAAGAAGCAGCAGCAGCCAGAAAGCAAAGAAGAAAGCGUAGAGGUGACUUCUCCAGCUGAGGAUGCUGUAGAACUGGAAACACCAGUAAAAGAAGAGACUCCUCUUCCAGUAGAGCCAGAAGAAAAGGAGGAAGAAGAAGAAACAGAAGAUGGUGGUUUGGAUGACUGGGAAGCUAUGGUUAGUGAUGAAGAUGGAGAGAAAGAGAGCAAACCUGUCCACAUUGAAGUCAAAGAACAAAAUGAAGUGGAUGAGGAAGAGGAGGAGGAAGAUGAGGAGGAGGAAGAGGAAGAAGACAGUGAAGAAUCUGAAGACAGUGAAGGGAGUGAGGAUGAAGAUGACAAGACUUCGGAUGAGAGAGAGACAGACUCCCAAGCUAUUGGAAAACAAUCUAUGGAAAAAAAAGCCAGCAAGGAAAUUAGCUCUGAUUCUGAGUAUGACUCUGAUGAUGACCGCACUAAGGAAGAGCGUGCUUAUGACAAAGCCAAGCGGAGAAUUGAGAAGCGCCGCGCUGAAAACAGCAAAAAUAUGAACACCGAGAAGCUCAGAGCACCAGUUAUAUGUGUCCUGGGGCAUGUAGACACAGGCAAGACCAAGAUUCUAGAUAAGCUCCGACAUACUCACGUGCAGGACAGUGAAGCUGGUGGUAUCACUCAGCAGAUUGGUGCAACUAAUGUUCCGCUUGAAGCUAUUAAUGAGCAAACUAAGAUGGUGAAAAAUUUUGACAGAGAGAACAUAAAAAUUCCAGGGAUGCUGAUCAUUGACACUCCAGGACAUGAGUCUUUCAGCAAUCUAAGAAAUAGGGGAAGCUCACUCUGUGAUAUUGCUAUACUUGUAGUUGACAUCAUGCAUGGUUUGGAGCCACAGACAAUUGAAUCAAUAAAUCUGCUGAAAUCCAAGAAAUGCCCCUUUAUAGUAGCUCUCAACAAGAUUGACAGGUUGUAUGACUGGAAAAAAAGCCCAGAUACAGAUGUAGCUGUCACCUUGAAAAAGCAGAAAAAGAAUACGAAGGAUGAAUUUGAAGAGCGUGCGAAAGCUAUCAUAGUGGAAUUCGCGAAACAGGGUUUGAAUGCUGCCUUGUUUUAUGAGAAUAAGGAUCCCCGCACUUUUGUUUCUCUUGUACCUACCUCUGCUCACACAGGGGAUGGCAUGGGAAGUCUAAUAGCUCUUCUUGUUGAGCUAACGCAAACUAUGCUGACCAAGAGACUGGCUGAGUGUCAGGAGCUGAGAGCUCAAGUCAUGGAGGUGAAAGCGCUGCCGGGCAUGGGUACUACCAUAGAUGUUAUUUUGAUUAAUGGACGCUUGAAAGAAGGAGACACCAUUAUUGUUCCUGGGGUAGAAGGUCCGAUAGUAACUCAAAUUAGAGGUCUUCUGCUACCUCCUCCUAUGAAGGAGCUACGAGUUAAGAACCAGUAUGAAAAGCACAAAGAAGUUGUUGCUGCUCAAGGUGUGAAGAUUCUUGGGAAAGAUUUGGAAAAAACCCUGGCUGGUUUGCCAUUGCUUGUAGCUUAUAAAGAGGAUGAAGUCCCAGUCCUCAAGGAUGAAUUAAUACAUGAACUGAAGCAAACACUGAACGCAAUCAAACUAGAAGAAAAAGGUGUUUAUGUCCAGGCUUCUACUUUAGGGUCUUUAGAAGCAUUACUUGAAUUUCUCAAAACGUCUGAAGUGCCAUAUUCAGGAAUUAAUAUAGGUCCUGUCCAUAAAAAGGAUGUUAUGAAGGCAUCAGUUAUGUUGGAGCAUGACCCACAGUAUGCAGUUAUUCUAGCAUUCGAUGUGAGGAUUGAACGUGAUGCACAGGAAAUGGCCGAUAGUUUAGGAGUUCGAAUUUUUAGUGCUGAAAUAAUUUAUCACUUAUUUGAUGCCUUCACAAAAUAUAGACAGGACUACAAAAAACAGAAACAAGAGGAAUUCAAGCACAUAGCAGUAUUUCCUUGCAAGAUGAAAAUACUCCCUCAGUUCAUUUUCAACUCUCGUGACCCAAUAGUGAUGGGUGUUGUUGUGGAGGCCGGCCAGGUGAAGCAGGGCACUCCCAUGUGUGUACCUAGCAAAAAUUUUGUUGACAUUGGAAUUGUUACAAGUAUUGAAAUAAACCAUAAACCAGUGGAGGUGGCAAAAAAAGGCCAAGAAGUCUGUGUUAAAAUAGAACCUAUUCCUGGUGAAUCCCCUAAAAUGUAUGGACGACAUUUUGAAGCAACAGAUAUCCUCGUCAGUAAGAUCAGCCGUCAGUCCAUCGAUGCCUUGAAGGACUGGUUCAGGGACGAAAUGCAGAAGUCUGACUGGCAGCUUAUAGUAGAGCUGAAGAAAGUGUUUGAAAUCAUCUAGAUAACAUUUUACAGCAAUGGGGAGGCAGGAAUAAAUGCACUCUUCCUGUUCUAAUAGUUACCAACAAAGUCAUAUAUUGAAGACAGUGUUGGAUGUAUGUUUGGGAGGAAAAUAUGUCGAUAAAAUGUUUUCCAUGAGAAACCAAGAAAUUUACACUGGUUUGACAGUGGUCAAUUUACAUGUUCCCAUGGUUCCAAUGUGCCUGUUCACCUCUCCUACUGCCCUUCCUAAUACUGGCUGCUGUUUUAAAGUUUGCCCUUCCUCCUCUUACACCUUCCUUUCUACCCUUUCCCCCCUCCCUCUCCAAAAUGAAAUAAAAUAAAAUGGAAUUUUUAUUACAGAACUAAAGCUCUUUCACUUUUAUACUGAGGAGAUCAGUACUGCAGUAUUUGAUUAACAAAGCUUCUGCAGACUUUGUGAUUCUUGGGACAUUUUUGAUGUAAGAAGUACUUCUUUAUUUAUGCAUACCUCUUCCCUUGACUCUCUUUUCCAACAUUCUUCUGCUUUGUGCCUAUAGACAUUUUUUUAAAUAGAAAAUUAGGCAAUUGGAUAUUUCUGUAUUUGCUUUGUGUGAAAUAAUGAUGUAAAGCAUAGCUGGCCACCUUUUACUGCUUGUACAGUUCAUGAAAAUCAACCUGUAAUCAUUAUAAUGCAGAGCUGCAAAUAAAGGAGAUGGACAUAGCAGCCCACUUGUUUUACAAUUUGUUUCAAUAAACACAAGGUUCACUCCAUGGGCUGUGAUGGACAGGCAGAGGCCUGGCAGA